GCGGUGUUUGAUGAAAAUAAAAGUUACCAGGAACUUCCAUCAAAGAAGGAGAGGCCAAUAAUGUACACAAUCAAUGGAUAUGUGAAAGGAACUGGGCCAGAUUUAGAGGCCUGUGUUGAUGACAAAAUCAGUUGGCAUCUACUAGGCAUGAGCUCCAAACCUGAGAUCUUCUCAGUUCAUUUCUUUGGCCAGACCUUGAAUGAGGAUCAUCACAGUGUCUCAGUCAUAAGCCUUGCUAGUUCUGCUUCCACUACAGCAAACAUGACCGUCACUCAGAGUGGAAAAUGGACAAUAUCCUCCCUUAAUGAAAAGCACAUUGAAGCUGGAAUGCAGGCCUUUUUGAAUGUUGAAACAUGUCUUAAUAAACAACGUAGCAAAAAACCAGUUUACCAAACACGUUUUAUUAAAAGCUGGGAUCACUAUAUAGCUGCAGUUGAAGUUGAUUGGGAUUAUGCCUAUCGUGGUUCGGAGGCCUCUGCAAGGUAAUAUUCU